AUGAUACGUAUUCAGUAGUAGGAGCAUCGCGCAAGUUGCAAAGUUAUCUGGGAAUAGUAAUGUAGUUACAUUAUAAUUUUCUAGGAAAGAGAAAUUAACGUAAUCUUUUCAAGAAGGAGCAUAGUAAUAGGAAAAUAAUGUACACAAUCAAAGUUGGAUAGUAAAAAUACUACAUAGAAUGUCAUAAUUUUUAAGAAUUGGAAAUAUUAAAUUGCUUGCUGAUAUAGGUAUAGAUCAACCAGUCAAUUCCUAAGGUAAAAAGUAUUAAAUGAUGUUUGGUAGGAUUUGAAAUCAUUCAUCUCCACUAACCUUGA